AUGCCGUCUCAUGAGGACCAGCCCGAAACGACGACCUCAACGGAGAAAUCACCGACGUACUGGUUCGAUGACGGCAAUGUGAUCCUUCAAGUUGGGGAUAACUCAUUCCGCGUUCAUACGAGCGUUCUGUCUCGGCACUCUGUCGUCUUUCGCGACCUAUUCAAGCUUCCCCAGACCUCGCCGGACAUGCGGGAUGGCUGUGUUGUCGUGCAGUUGCAUGACAUAGCCGGAGAUGUAGAGGUUUUAUUGGCCGCGUUGUACGAUGGGUGCAGCAUGUACUUCGGAGCAAGAAGCUGCAUUCCAUUCUCAACUAUCGCAUGUUUGAUACGGCUGGGCCACAAGUACCAGAUGGAGCACAUCUUCGCAGGUGCCAUAACACGUCUCAAGAGCUGCUUCGUGGCAUCAUUUGUGGAAUGUUAUGCCCUCCGAAGUCGAGGUAGUCGAUCCAUGUCAUUUGUUGACGCGGACGCCAUCGAAGCUGUUAACUUGGCGCGUCUCACGCAAAUCGGUACCGUACUGCCCACAGCACUCUACAUCUGCGGACUUCUCCCGAACAACUUGCUGCUUCACGGCGUACCCCGCAAAAAUGGCACAGUGGAACGGUUGUCUUCCGAGGAUAUCAUACGGUGCCUCGAUGGUAGGGCGAACCUACUGGCAGCGCUCAGGGAGAAGAGAUUCAAAUGGUUCUUUGCGCCCACCAUUCGUAUCAGCGAUGGAUGCAGACAAGAGAAGACUUGUAAAGCCGCUCUCAAAGUCAUGGCUAUGAACAUCGUAAAGGAGGGGUUGAUCACGGACCUUUCCUUCUUGGACAACGUAGGACUCGAUGAACGGAAAGAGCAACAUUUGAUGUGCCAGAGCUGUUGGCAGAUGGUUCAGCACGAUGACGAGAGAGAAUGCGAGGCGAUUUGGUGCGACCUUCCACAGCACAUGGGGGUCACUGUCGUGCAUUGGAACAUUCCGUGGGCGGCGCAAGGUAUGCCACAUUUGAAACCUGUACUCUCAGCCCGCCAAGUAUCCUUUGACCUUCAUUUUCGCAGACACGAUAUUGUAAUUCGCGCACCUCGCCCACGUCGAUGA